UAUAAUUGGUAUGAAGGCCACGACGCACCAGUUAACAUUAUUUUUAAAAAUUAACAAAAAUUUAAAAUAAAAGCGGAAUCAAAUAAAGUAUAAAAUAAAAUAACUUAUCUGUAUGUAAUAAAAUAAAAUAACUUAUACAAAACAUUCAAAUUAUAGAUAAAAUAUUUAUUCCAUUUAACUUUAUUAUCUGAAUUAUUUAUAGCCGGUAGCACUGGUAUUUAUCUUGUUUGAAACAAUGUUGAAGCAUUGAUCAAAGAAGAAAAGACUCUGAACUGAAAGUGAAAAUUUGAGGUGUAGUAGUAAAUGGAGGAGGGUGAAGGAAUGAAGAAAAUUCUAGUGACCGGUGCUUCCGGUUACCUUGGCGGGAAACUCUGUCACGCUCUCCACCGUCAAGGUUACUCCAUUAAGGUCCUCGUCAGACGCUCCAGCGAUCUUUCCGCACUUCCUCCUACCUCCGAAAUCGUCUACGGCGACAUCACUGACUUUUCCUCACUUCUAACCGCCUUACCAGAUUGCUCCGUCGUCUUCCACCUCGCCGCAGUUGUCGAGCCUUGGCUUCCCGAUCCCUCCAAAUUCACCACCGUCAACGUUGAAGGUUUGAAGAAUGUGUUGAAGGCAGUAAAGCAAACCAAGACGGUCGAGAAACUCAUAUAUACGUCGUCGUUUUUCGCGAUCGGACCAACUGAUGGAGUUAUUGCUGAUGAGAAUCAAGUUCAUCAUGAGAAAUUUUUCUGCACAGAAUAUGAGAAAUCAAAGGUUACAACCGAUAAAAUUGCACUUCAAGCUGUUUCAGAGGGUGUACCAAUCACCAUUCUUUAUCCCGGGUUUAUUUAUGGACCUGGCAAAGUCACCGCAGGAAAUGCUGUUGCAAAUAUGCUGGUAGAGCGUUUUAAUGGUCGAUUACCUGGUUACAUUGGCAAUGGAAAUGAUAAAUUUUCGUUCAGUCAUGUUGAUGAUGUGGUGGAGGGGCACAUUGCUGCCAUGAAAAAGGGAAAAAUCGGGGAGAGAUAUCUAUUGACGGGUGAAAAUGCUUCGUUUAAUCAAGUUUUUGAUUUGGCUGCUGUGAUCACUGGUACUAGAAAACCAAUGUUUAGUAUCCCUUUGUGGUUGAUUGAAGCUUAUGGGUGGUUGUCAGUAUUGCUCUCUCGAAUCACUGGAAAGUUACCUAUCAUCAGUCCACCGACGGUGUAUUGUUUAAGACAUCAGUGGGAAUAUUCAUGCGAGAAAGCUAAAACGGAGCUAGACUAUAAACCCAGAAGCCUGAGAGAAGGGCUUUCCGAGGUACUACUCUGGUUGAAGAACUUGGGAUUAAUAAGAUAUUAGUGGAAUAUUCUACUACCAGUACUUCUAAGUUCUAAGUGUAUUAAAAAAAAAACCCACUUGGUGUCUCUUUGAGUCCAUUGGAUUGCCGAAGACAUAUAAUUUCUUUCUUUUUAAUUUAUUUAAUUUUAAUUGCAAUUUUGAUUUAACGAAUAGAAGAGCAAAUACCAUGAUCACUUAAUCCUUAGGUUAAGGAUGCUUUCUUGUGUAACAAGUUUAAUUUCUUCAAAUUUAGAUUAGAUUGUUGGCUCUUUGAGGGGUUUUGGUUCCUGUUCUUUUUUUUUUUCUUUUAAUGUAUUGGCUUAACCUUUGUUUAUAAAAAUU